GUUCUACGACUGCAGCCAGCUCUUGCUCGGGUCAGCAGCCUGCCAGGGACUCAGACACACUUGGGAAAGUCAGGGUCCAGUCUCCAAAUUCCAAUGCCUGUCUCCCUUUCCCUGGCCAGAAAAGUCAACCCCCAAAGACCCAACCCCACAACGUAGCCUCUAAACAAGGGAUCAGCUCAGCAGGUGAACAAGGGAGGCAAGCAGGGGAGUUUUGCAGGUUGUAGCAGUGGAUCUGGUGCACGGAGGUAAAGGGACUUGCCGCACAGGGAUGUUGGAACCAUGAUGAAGCCUCUGCUGAUCCCCUUGACAUACUUCUGUCUUCAAAGCUGGCUGGGAAUCCCUCAGGCACAAUGCCAGGUGGAGCUGAGUAUGAUGAAUGACGCUUUUGAUGACCAAUAUAUAGGAUGUGCUGAAGAAAUGGAUGGAAUUGCACCUGAAUUGCUAGAGAAAGAAAAGUCCAUGUCCUCAGUGUUUAGCAGAGUCUGGGAAAACUCAGCAAAAAAAUGGGAACGUGUAAAGAAAAAGAUUUCUCUGCCCAGAGGCUUUAAAGAUGAGCAUGGAAGAGCCAUAAUAGCUUAUACUGAUAAUGACUUUCACAGUGAGUUGAAUGCGGCAGUGAGAGAAGCUGGGAUAUCUCGAGCUCAUUACAUGGCCAGUUUCCAGUUCAAAGCCUUUCAUUAUUACUUGACAAGAGCUUCACAGCUCUUACGACGGAGAUGUGAUGUGAUGUACAAAAGGACAGUGUACCGGGGGGUUUCUGUCAGAUUUCAGUACAUGGGAUCAGGUCACAUCAGGUUUGGAUACUUCGCCUCUUCGUCUUUUGAUAUAGGAGUAGCUAAGAGAUUUGGCAUGGACACAUUGUUCAUCAUCCACACGUGCUUUGGUGUUGAGAUCAGGGCCUUCUCAUGCACUCAGGAGGAGGAAGAAGUGUUAAUUCCAGUCCAUGAGAUAUUCAACAUGUCCCGAGGACAAAGGAGUAACCGCUUUGUCCUACGGAGCACAAACCGGACCUGCAGCCAUUUUAACUGUGCCUACCUGGGUGGAGAGAAGAAUCAAAUAUGUGUUGACAACUCCGCUACCAGAGGCGGCCUGGCCUUCCCCAGUGUUCUGAGCCAUUUACUGUUUGGAGGAUCCAUCAUCCUGGUCCAUGUUGCUGCUCUGAAGCUGUUUGAUGGUUUCUCAGUUGUCCUAUUCGUGUUGCUGACUUUUUCUCUCUAACACAAAUCAUGGUGAGGGGACUUGCCAGAUCCAAAGCCGUCCUGCUAUUCUGCCAGCGUUGCCAAGGGAAACCAGGAACAUGGAGGGAGUGUCGCUGGUACCUGCUUGGGCAAGCUUUGAUUGUACGCUACCGAUGAAUAGAUCGAAAUGUAAG